AUAUAAUACACCCACACAUCACAUUUUGCUCUCCCCUUUUUCCUUCCUUUUUAGCCAAGAACAAAAUUCUUCUUUUUCCUUCUCAUUUUCCUCUCUCUCCUUUCAUCCAUGGAAAAUGCUCAAUGGCCUCAGUUUGAUCAUUUCCCCCAAAAGGAUAUAGUGACUUCACAAUCAGUGGAUCAAAGGAAGAUUAUUAUAAGGGCCGGUCAACAGCAGCACCAUAAAGAGGCCGUGAUCAGCUGCCCCCGGUGCAGCUCCACCAACACCAAGUUUUGCUACUACAACAAUUACAGCCUGUCACAGCCCCGACAUUUUUGCAAGUCCUGCCGAAGGUACUGGACCCAAGGCGGAUCUCUCCGGAACAUUCCGGUAGGCGGAGGCUCCCGAAAGAACAUUCACAAAAAAUCCUCAAACAACAACAAUAAUAACAAUAAUAAUAAUAAUAAUAAUAAUAAUAAUAAUAAUAAUAAUUAUUUUGAAAGUCCGAUGCAAAACCCUAGAAGCAAAGAUUAUCAUCGUGACUUCAAGGCUAUAGAUGAGCUGAUUCGGGUCCCGAACUAUGAAGCCUGCAGUGGCUUGGGGCUGAAUAAUAUUGCUAACGCCACUCCUGGCGACGCUUCGUCAUCAGGGUUUGGAAAUAGCAAUUACGGGAGUUUUCAGGUGCUGCGAAGUGGAGAAUAUUCGACUGGGGAUUUCAGCUGGAGUACUACUACAGCUGGAAUUAUGGGUGGAGGGUCAUAUUGGUAA